UAUAAAUAUAUUUCAAAGAAUAUAUCGGUAUAAUUAUCUAAAUAAACAUACUUUUAACGUGCUUUAAUGAAUAACGUUAGUUGUUUUUGGUUAGGCGUCGCAAAUAGGAGAUCUACGGGUAAGUAAAGCAACUAGGUAUUUAUGUAAAUAGUAGUAGUCUGUCCGAGCUGACGGUCUAAAACUCUAUGACGAUAUAACAUCAAUGCUCAGUAUUAAACAACUAAUGCCAGACCCCGCUUUGACAUAAACUGAGCCGACAUUGAGGUACUCAUACUACACUGUCAAUAUGUCUUCCUUCCUCUACUCUACUAAAUCUGCAAAGACGGAAUAUUAUCCCAUCCCAGAGGAACUGAACGCGACAGACGUUCUCGAACUUUUACAUAAUCACACCUUACUCGCAAGUACCUUCUGGUCGCGGUCAGAGUCCUCCGAAGUGGUCGAGGAAAAGCACACCAGCCACAAUACUACCGAGUUUGAAAUCAAGUCAUCAGCUGGUACCGCUAGAGCUACAAUGAGCACGACUAACAACGGGUUAUUUUAUGAAGAGGAGAUGCCCCUGGGUCUCAAGAUGGCCAUCUAUUACAGAAUCGCUGACGUCCAAGACCAAAACUGGGAGAAGGACACUCAGGCUUCGGCUCGUCCAAUACUAUCAGACGAGAGCCUCUGUUUAGUGGAGGAGAGGUCGGUGAUGGCACCCAGGCCACUUUCAAUGUUUGUCAAAGUGAAAGAAGGGCCGAUUGAAAAGUCCCAUCAUCUCGUCUGGCUGCUCAACGAAUUAGGCCGGAAUGGAAAGAAUAUGACGGAAGCGUUGACUGGCUUGCGAGCGUCUACAGCAGACCUGGAUGGUAUGGAAGGGCUGGCAAAGAACAAAGCAGACUGAAACAUUGUUGGGACGAUGGUUUGAGGUGGCCAUUCCGUGUCAAUUCGAAGACGAGUACUCCCGUUCUUGUAUUCAUAGGUAGAUCCACUCUAACCUGCUUUUCUAUAUAUUGUUAUUGAUAUAACGCGCGUCUUACAAGGUCGUUAGAUGAAUAGAGAUACUGG